AUGCAUUCCAGUGAUAUCGCACUCCAUGUGUUUGUGGAAAUGUGUGACCUACAUCCUAAUGUUGGUGAUGGCUUGGGGGUGAGCAUUGACUUGCCUAUAACUCUUGAUGCAAUGAUAAUAUACUAUACUGAUCGUUUUGGCAUGUUCUGGCAAUGCAAUGCAAAAGCCAUUAGUUCAGGUUCUGAAGGUGCUGACAGCUCUUUGCAAGAGCAGUAUAACAAGGAUCUAACUCUUAAAGAAGCCGAGACAAUAGCACUUUCCACUUUGAAGCCGAGGUUCAUUUGGUUAUUAAGUGUGAAAACACUCAUAGAAAUCUUAACAACCAGUUUACAGGACCUAUCAACAAUAGCAUUGCUCCUCUUAAGUCUUAGCAUUAUAGAGCUCCAUGAGAAUAAAUUGAUUGGUGAGGUUCCUAAAGAUAUUGGGUUGCUGUCAAAUUUGAACCAACUGAUUCUUCACACACCAACAGCCUGA